UUGCCCAAUGAAACUAAUCUUUUGUUCCGAGAUAAACUGGGGGGGGGGUAUUCAGGGGCCCCUUGAAUUAAGAACACAUUUAGAUGUGGCAAAAAUGUGUUUUUAAUAAACCGUUCAAUCCGGCAAAGUGGUUGAGGAGAGAAAAAAAAAAGAUAACAACAGCUAGUAGGAAUUAAAAAUUUAAAGGAUUACACCAAAAAGCAGAAUGUAUGGAGAUAAAUGCAGGGAUUACAAUGACUUAGGAGGAGAGCGCUUAAAACUCGCUUUCCAAUAAUGCACUCCAUCACUGUGGCUCUGGCCGUGUGUGUGUACAGUAUGUAUGUGUGUCUGUGUGUGUGUGUAUGUUCGUAUGUGGAUGUAUGUGUGUGAUCGAGAGAGGGGUAUCUGCCAUUUCCGUGUGUGUGUGUGUGUGUGUGCUUCGAGUGUGUGCGUUGAGCGCUAGUCUCUCGGCGGAGCGGAGUGUGUGUGAGUUGCCAGUGUGUGUGCGCUCCAGCCUCGGUGGUCGCGAUGCUCUCCGUUCCUGCGUCUCUGAUGUCUUCCAAGCGACCAGCCUCUCCAUAUGGGGGGACAGAUGGAGAGGUAACCAUGGCAACCAGCAGACAGCGAAUGGAGGAUGAGGAGAGCGAGGGACUGGGCGGUGUCAUCCACCUCCCCCUGGCCUCCUACUGCAGCAAGGUGUCCCCUCGCUCGCCCCCCAACCGCAACUUGGACAGCCCCCCCAACAUGGAACAGGACGGCACUAAGGGGAGCUCUCAGAGUCCUUACCCCCAGCACAUUGCUACCUCACCGGGCAAAGAGGAAGGUGGAGGCGGGGGGCGGCCCUGCAGCGACGGGGGCUCAGCCACCGGUACCCUGGGGACCCCCGAGAGACGCAAGGGCAGCCUGGCAGACGUGGUGGACACACUGAAACAACGCAAGAUGGAGGAGCUGAUCAAGAACGAGCCAGAAGAGGCCCCCAGCAUUGAGAGGCUGUUGUCAAAGGACUGGAAGGAUAAACUUUUGGCCAUGGGCUCAGGGCACAUCGGAGAAAUUAAAGGUACCCCAGACAGCCUGGCGGAGAAAGAACGUCAGCUCAUGGGCAUGAUUGGCCAGUUGAGCAGCCUGAGGGAGCAGCUCUUGGCGGCCCACGAGGAGCAGAAGAAGCUGGCCGCCUCGCAGAUGGAGAAGCAGAGGCAGCAGAUGGAGCUGGCCAAGCAGCAGCAGGACCAGAUUGCCCGGCAACAGCAGCAGCUUCUGCAGCAGCAACACAAAAUCAACCUCCUGCAGCAACAAAUCCAGCAGGUCCAGGGCCAACUCCCCCCGCUGAUGAUCCCCGUCUUUCCUCCAGACCAGAGGACUCUGGCAGCGGCUGCAGCCCAGCAGGGCUUCCUCAUGCCCCCUGGCUUCAACUACAAGCCUGGCUGCAGUGACCCCUACCCUCUCCAGCUCAUCCCCACAACAAUGGCUGCUGCUGCUGCUGCCACACCAGGCCUGGGACCCCUACAACUCCAGCAGUUGUACGCAGCUCAGCUCGCUGCCAUGCAGGUUUCCCCGGGGGCCAAGCAGCACGGAGGCAGCCUGCAGUCCCAAGGCAACCUGGGCACACACUCCCCACCCACCAACACACACCCACAGAGCGACAAGGGCCGCAGCUCCCCGCCAUCAAACAAGACCAAGGACAGUGAGGGUGCACAGCCACUGAACCUGUCGGCCAAGCCUAAGGCAUCCGAGAGCAAGUCACCCAACUCCCCCCCAACUUCCCCACAGGUCCCUGCUGCUGCUGCCGCCACCAAGCUGGGCCAUGCCGGCUCCAUGAAGCACAGUGUCGCCCCCUCCAGCAUCGGAGGACCACCGACCAGAGUCAGCUCAAUAGCAGACUUGCUGACGUCGCUGUCCUCGACUGCCUACCUGAAUGACCACGAGGCGGUGACCAAGGCCUUCGCCGAGGCCCGGCAGAUGAAGGAGCAGCUGAAGAGAGAGCAGCAGGUCCUGGACGCCAAGGUCGCCGCCGUCAGCAACCUCAGCCUCAACAAUGGACGCUCAGACAAGGAGAAGGCUGCCUUGGAGAGUCUGAGUCAACAGCUGAAGCAGCAGGCGGAGGACAAGUUCAGCCACACCAUGCUGGACUUCACCAUGAGCGGAGACUCUGACGGCUCCCCCAGCGUGUCAGACUCCAGAAUAUUCCGGGAGGCUCGAGGUCGUGGCAGCGCUGAGCCGCACAUCAAGCGGCCGAUGAACGCCUUCAUGGUUUGGGCUAAGGACGAGAGGAGAAAGAUUCUCCAGGCCUUCCCCGACAUGCACAACUCCAACAUCAGCAAGAUCCUCGGCUCACGCUGGAAAGCCAUGACCAACCUGGAAAAGCAGCCCUACUAUGAGGAGCAGGCUCGUCUCAGCAAGCAGCAUCUGGAAAAAUACCCAGACUACAAGUACAAGCCGCGACCCAAACGCACCUGCCUGGUGGAUGGCAAGAAACUGCGCAUCGGCGAGUACAAGGCCAUCAUGAGGUCCCGUAGACAGGAAAUGAGACAAUAUUUCAGUGUGGGGCAGCAGGGUCAGUUGCCCCUGUCCUCUGCAGGCGUGGUUUACCCAGGUGCCCUGUCCAUGGCGGGAAUGCCCUCACCCCAGAUGCCCUCAGAGCAUUCGAGCAUGUCCAGCAGCCCCGAGCCAAACGCCAACCACCACCACCACCAGAACCCCCACAUGCCCGGCCUGAAGGGGGACGAGCCACGAAUCAAGGAGGAGGAGCUGCGGCUGGACGACAGCAACGGCGACGUGUACGACGACUUCGACUACGAGGAUGAAGAGGCCGAUUACGCCAGCGAUAAUGACAACCAUAUCACCCAAUAGGACGGCGUGAGAGCCGCCCUUUUUUAAAGCCAAUCACAGCUGGUUAAUCCCACACAAUCCCAAACCCACCAAUCAGGAAGAAAACUUUCUCUUUUGCCAAUCACCUUGAGUCCCAAUCUCACAAAUCCCGCCACCCUCUCCCUCUCCUGACUAACAUGGACUCUUUUAACAGAGCCAAACCCCUCCCACUGGAGUCCUGAUACCAGCAUCUGACCAAUCAACUGAAGCACAGGACCUGUCACUCACACUGACUGUUACACAAACUGGAGUCUGGGAGGAAGAGACAACCAAACCAGCUCUGACGUUUGCUGAGGAAUAUUCAAGUACUACUGCAAGAGUGUAAUGCCACGAGUGAGGAGAAAUAAAAAUCACACUCAGAAAGCAACCUUUUAGACCCGUUUGUAGAAAUGGAGACAUUUUAAAAUGACAGACGGAACAGUGGACCUGUCAAAGGCUAACAGAUGACACUUUAAGAUGGCGGACCUGUUUAUUAUCAAGAGACACUUUUAAAAAAACAGCUUUUUUUGUUCUUUGGUUCUAUAAUAUUCUCACUCAGGUACACGGUGCCAAUAAGUGGCUUGUGAAUGUGAUUUGUUGUUUUUGUGCUACAAGUUUGAAUAAUAAUAGAAAAAAAGAGACAUUUCUUUUUUCCCCUUUUGUUGUAAAGCACCUGAAAGACAUCAGACAUGUUUAUUUUUAACGAGAACAUAUCUUUUCUUCGACCUCGCAGUGUGCUGUCAGCGGUUCGCCCCUUUUUUCUCUGUGUUUUUGUGACUGCCCCCACCCACCCAUUUGGAAUCCGAUGGGACGGUCCAGCCAGGACUGACCAGUACAGCGUGGACCGUCCCACUUUGAGGGAUUUUCAGGGGGAGAAGGGGAGUCUCCCUGGCGUCAUGGAGCAGAAACGAAAGCACUGUGUUGUGAGACAAUCCACCAGUUUUCUUCUUGCUCCGUCCCUCUAUCUUGAUCUCGUCCUGGACAAAACAUCAGUGCGACUUAGCUUGAAACAUCCGACAGUGUGAGUGUGUGUCGGCGUGUGCUGUGUGUGUACUCCUUUAUUGGGCGUUUGCACAUGUGUGUGAAAUCUAGCUCUUCUUUUUCAGCGUGAGAAACAGGCUAAAAUUGUCUAGGAUACAGAAAGACAGGCAACUUACACUGCUGCUGUUAUUUACUGUACCACACUCACACACACACUCUCACACACACAACUGUUGUUCUGUCCUCAGUGUUUUCCUGCUCCCUCCAAUCAACAUCGUCCUGCUGUCCCCCAGUGGGCGGAGCCGAGGUGAAGUCAGCCAGUCAGUGUUUCUGUUUGUAUUUGAAUACUGUAUUUUAUUAUUUCUCUUCAAACUGCCUCUAGUCUAAUAAUAUUAUUAACAAUAAUUAUAAGGAUGGUCAGCGUUUCCUAAGUUUAGUAAGUUAUGUGCAGUAUAAUUUAUUUUUCUCCUCUUUAUCGGGUUUUUAUGACCAUAUGAAACUAUGACAGUCAAUGAAACAUUAUUCUAUUUAGCUGGUAGGUAUUUAGAUCUAAACAAAAGUUGUCAAUUUACCUUGCUUUGUUUUGCAUUCUUAUGUUCCCUUCUUUUUUGAUGCGUUCGUUUUGUAUUAAUCCUCCGGACGGGUGGGCAGGCGGAGUUAGGACAGUGAGCUGGACUGACAGACUCGACGCCAGCCCUCCUCCGAGCUGAAGACAUAACCUUUUCAUGUCCAAACCCAUUUCUAAAAAGCACUCAGACUCUGUGCAGUCAGAGAAAAAGAAGAACAUGAUUUUUUUAUUGUUAUUAUAAUUUUAUUUGUAAUGGUUAUUAUAAUGUAUAAUGUGAAGUUUCCUCUCUUUUAUUUUGCUCUUUUUUGUUUUUUGUUUUGUUUUUUGGAAAUCAGUUUUUAUCACUUUUGGAAACUGUUUUCUGUGAACAAAGAGUCCCGUCCCCGUUUGCUAGUUUGGCCGCCUCACCUUAACACAGUGGAACGUCAUUGGCUUGGAUCCACACACAUGUACAUGCACAUACACAAUCACUAACACACACACACACACACACACACACAUUUAAAAUGAAGAGAUUAUCAUGACAACCAAACAAAUCCUAUGCUGUCCUUUUUCUGUUUCUUGAAAUCUAGAAUUCUAGAUUUAAAAUCCUGUACAUAUAUUUUGUUUGGUGUUUUUUAAAUCAUAGGAAAGCAGUGUUUACCGUGAUCCACCAAUGGUGUUCCACUGCCUGAGUAUGUGAGACAACCAGGCGUAUCUACAGUAUCUUUAAAGUCACUUCUCAUCAGGAGCCCUUUGCUUUGUUUUAGCUCCACACUAUGCUAUAAGAGCCAUGACUACUCUUCAGGUGUGCUGUCACAUAGUGAUCCCCACAAUCAUUCUCGCUGUAGAUGUUCGCUACAUGCCACAUAAUGAGCCUCUGGGUCUUAAUUUUGCUGUAUAGUCACCCCUGUUAUCACACCAUGGUUCAACCCGAUGCUGGAGAGAGGGGACUAAGUGGAUCAGUCCAUUUUUAGGGUAUCAGGUGGGUGGGUGGGGCAUUAAGACGUCAAUCAUCCCUGCUGGCAAGGUCUAUCCCCAUAUCAAGACAAUGAAAAUGAUGAUGAUGAUGAUGAUGAUGAUGAUGAUGAUGAUGAUAUUAUUUAAGACAAUCAAAGUCAUGAGUGGAGCUCAAAACAAAGUAAGAAUUAUUACAAGUAAAAAAAAAAUAUCUUACCAUCUCAACUUGAAAAAUCAAGAAAGAUAAUUAUGUAAAUAUAACAUAGAGUUAUAGAUUUAUAUUUUGUUCAUAACACAGUGUAAUAUAAGUUGUAUAUUUCUUUUUUUCUCUCCCUACUGUCUCUUUUAUUGAUGUUAUCCAUGCCACAGAAAAGCAGGAGUCUCCGUACUCUCACAAAAAAAUGAAGAAAAAUAUCUAAGAAAUAAAGAAAAACAGGAAAAAAAGCCGUGGGCUGCCACCACCAUCUGUUCUAAGUUCACUUUUUUUCAGUAUUACUGCCAGACAAGGCUCUAAUAAAGACAGCAAUGUGUUCGGUAAAA